UAGGGGUGAGCGGAUUGGGACGCGUCCAGGGUGAAGUACCCGGAUGUAAGGAGGCUUAGUUGUGACAAGAACAAGAAAGAGUAGGUGAGAACGGAUUGGGACGCAUCUAGGGUGAAGUACCCGUAUGUAACAACACGCAGUUGUGUGGGCCGCGUAGCCGACAAUGUCACCGGCUCUUUGUUUGCAUCAGAAACGCAAAUGACGGACCGUCUUUUUUUUUUUUUAAUUUUAAAAGAAACAGCGCUUACAAUUCUUCUGAUUUAAAACCCAAGCAUAUUGUUUUCUCCCCCUUUUUCCGGCUUCUUUCUCCUCGCAGGCGAAUCGUACAGAGAGAAGAAAAGGAACAGCAGGCUAGUCAGCGCUAACUAGUUAGCUAAACACGGCUAAAUAUACAACUUAACACCUAAAGACAACAUCGUGUUAUGUUUUUAAUUCAUUGUGUGGAUCUUACACGGCUGUCUGUGCUCAUUUCUUUUGUUUGUUUUGUAUGUAGCUCGGCGGCUAACGCGGUUGUAGCAUAGCAUCGUUAGCUAAUUAACCAGGAUUCCCUUUAAUACGAUUUUUUUGUUUAUUUAUUUAUUUGUUUAUUAACAUAACUAACGGUAUUUCUGUCUGAAAUGUCCUGUUAGCUAUUUUAUCUUUGCACCCGUUGUCUGUUUAGCAAGUGCCUAGCAUGUCAGCUUUAGGUUACACUGUCCAUAAAUAUUGAUGUAUGUAUUUAUUAUGAUUAGCAUUAAUGCUAAUGUUAGUGUUUAGUUACUCAGGUGUAACGUUACACGAGUGUAAAGUGGGAGUUUAGCAUCAUGUUUAGUGUAAUUUAAUGUUUCUGAUCAGUUCAAACACGAGAGUCAGAUUUCAUAUGAAAUAAAUACAAAUUAAUGUAAAAAAGUGUUAAAGUAGAGGCACAAGAGCGUUAUUAUGGCCAGGGUUUGGGGCGUGGAGAAGAUUUCAUCAUGGACUAAUUCACUCUUCAUCCUCAGCGUCGUCUUCCUCACUAAAGCAGUCUGCUCCCAGCACGGUGAGAAUGUGUACGUGUCCGGCAUCUCCAAUGCCUGUGGAGAUGUUGUAGAGCAGAUCAGGGCCUCCAGCGGUGUGAUCACCAGUCCUGGGUGGCCUUUUGAGUAUCCGUCACGUAUCAACUGCAGCUGGAACAUCCGAGCAAAUCCUGGAGAAAUCAUCACCAUCAGUUUUCAGGACUUUGAGAUCCAGAGUUCACACCGCUGCGGUUUGGACUGGAUCUCCAUCGGCACCUACAAGAACCUGGACGGUUACCGAGCAUGCGGUUCGUCCAUCCCGGCUCCGUACAUCUCCUCUCAGGACCACGUGUGGAUUAAAUUCCACUCUGACGACACGCUCACUGGCAAAGGCUUCAGGCUGUCUUACAUCACAGGUAAGUCGGAGGAGGAGAGCUGCGAGUCGGAGCAGUUCCACUGCAUGAAUGGGAAGUGCAUCCCCCAGUCAUGGAGGUGCAACACGAUGGACGAGUGUGGAGACAACUCAGACGAGGAUCUGUGCAUGCACCCCAUCCUUCCUUCCUCUUCUUCGUCCUUCUUCUCCUUCCAGCCGUGUUCUUUUGAUCAGUUCCCCUGCGUGUCGCGCUACACCCGAGUCCUCACCUGCCUCCCUUCUUCUCUCCGCUGUGACGGCGCCAUCGACUGCCAGGAUCUGAGCGACGAAAUCGACUGCGUCACCCCUGCAUGUUCUGAACUCCGCCUCCAAAACUUUUAUGGGACUUUUAAUUCUCCGAACUAUCCGGAUUUCUAUCCUCCAGGAAGCGACUGCACGUGGCUAAUCGAUACAGGCGACCGCCGCCGAGUCGUCCUGCGCUUCCUGGACUUCAAACUAGACGGAACUGGUUACUAUGGAGAUUUUGUAAAAGUGUACGACGGCUUGGAGGCAGAGCCUAGACGCCUCCUGAGGGUUCUGACCGCCCUCGAUUCACGCACUUCUGUCGUAACUAUCAUUUCGUCAUCAGGGCAGCUCCGCGUGCACUUUUACUCAGACAAGAUCAACACAGCGAGGGGAUUUAACGCUACGUAUCAGGUGGAAGGGUUUUGUUUACCCUGGGAGAUGCCUUGUGGAGGAAACUGGGGGUGUUACACUGAACAGCAGCGCUGCGAUGGAUACUGGCACUGUGCUAAUGGCAGAGACGAGCUGAACUGCAGCGGAUGCGGUGAAGACGAGUUCCCAUGCUCGAGAAACGGUGCGUGUUACCCGCGAUCUGACCGCUGCAACUAUCAGAACCGUUGCCCCAAUGGCUCGGACGAGAAGAACUGUGCUUUCUGCCAGCCUGGGAACUUCCACUGCAGGAACGGCCGCUGCGUGUUCGAGAGCUGGGUGUGUGACGCACAGGACGAUUGCGGCGACGCCAGCGACGAAGACGCGUGCCCUGUCGCCGUGCCAACACGCGUCAUUGCCGCCGCGGUUAUCGGAAGCCUGGUGUGCGGCCUGCUGCUCGUCAUCGCACUCGGCUGCACCUGCAAACUCUACUCUCUCAGGAGCUUCGAGCGCAGGUCUUUUGAGACUCAGUUGUCCAGAGUUGAGGCGGAGUUACUGCGGAGAGAAGCUCCGCCCUCUUAUGGCCAGCUAAUCGCUCAGGGUUUAAUCCCCCCUGUGGAGGAUUUCCCAGUCUGUUCUGGCAACCAGGCUUCCGUGUUGGAGAAUCUCAGGCUGGCCGUUCGCUCUCAGCUCGGCUUCACCUCCAUCCGCCUCCCUUCCUCUGGUCGCCACGGUAACGUCUGGCGCCGGCUCUUCAACUUCACGCGCUCUCGCCACUCCGCCUCAUUAGCACUGGUGUCCUCUGGCACAGGGGUGGAGUCAGAUUCAGGAAGCGGGGCUAACGGCGUUGGAAGCUCCGCCCACAUUUCUGAGCGCCUGGACUCUGAUGAUUCGGAGAGUGAGCAGCAGGGUGCAGUGGGCGGAGCUUCGGCAUCUCUUCUGCCUCACAAGACCCCUCCCGCCCCCACAAUUGUUUCUGUUUCCGCAAGCACCGCCCCACAGGCUGUUGCCGAGAGCGAUGAAAUAGUAGUUCCUCCUCCUCCGAACGAGCGCGGUUCGUUCGUGGCACGCGGGCUGCGCUGGGUCCGAAUGUCCCUCGGUUCCCGUUUCACGCAGCAGAACCGAAGCCCUCUCAGGCAGAUGCAGAACGGAAUGGUGGGCGAAGAAGAUGAGGACGAAGAUGUCGAGCUCCUCGUUCCUCUAACCGACACCUCAGAUGCACCCUCCGCCGCUCCCUCUCUUCGAGGCAGGCCAGCGAUAAGGGACGGGCCCUGCGAACACUGCGGGAUGGUUCACACGGCUCAGAUUCCCGACGCCUGCUUAGAGGCCACGGCUAGAACAGAAACCAGCGACGACGAUUCUCUUUUGCUUUGUUAAUCCUCAGUUCAACCCGCUUUGCCUUCGCUUACUCGCGCUCCCUAGCAAGGGAAGGUCUGAAUGUUUUUGGACACCUGCCUUUACCCGUGAUCUUUCUACGAACUUCAGAUGACGCAGUUCUGGUGCCGCUGUCUCCCCUCCACUGUGCAGUUUCCCGCCUCUGGUUUAGCUUAAGUGGUUAAAGUGGUCGUUCUUUGGUUAAGUGACCGGAUGGUUUUGAUUUCAAAUCUCUAGGUUGACACAGAGCCACUGUCGGGACCCCGGAGCGAGACCCUUAACCCCUUAACUGUUCAGCUGUAAGCUUGGAUUGAAUUACGCCUCACUCAUAUGACUUUGCGUCUGCCAAAUAGCUUUGUUUUUUGGCCUUUCCCUGGAGAGGGUAAGGGUUUGGGAUACACCCCAGGCAGAAUGGGAGACAAAACCGUACGGAAUCCUUCCUGUACGCGAGAACUUUUAAACACAAACAGGUACUUGGGGAAACUAGACCCAGACGCUUCAAUAGAUCAGUUCUGAUGCCAUCGGAAAGGUGCAGAAUUAUUCAGAUGGUACACUACACGUGAGAUGCUGGGGCUCCUUGUUCAGAUUUAAAGGCAUUGUGUGAUUUUUGCAGUUAGAGCAGAUUAUUUAUGACGCAGUGUGAAUUAAGGAGUGACUAUUUUUAAAGAUGUUACGUUCUAACAGCCACCGGUGUUGUGUUGUAUUUAUUGUUUCUUUACGACUUAAUGUUUUGGUACUAAAAACUCGCCUGAGCGUCGAGAGUGUGCGUGUGUGUGCGCGUGUGUGUAUUUAUUACUGGUUAUAAUUUCACUAGUGAUUACUUGAGAAGCAUGUGACAUUGUCUUGUGCUUUUUUUCCCCUUUUUUUAAGUGAUUAUUGUGUACGAAGGUAAAUGUGUAGAAACAUGCGUAACUGGUUACUGCAUUAAAGAAUAAAGUAGUCCAUCUUA